CGAAAUUUGCUUAUUACAAUAAAGUCGUUUUAAUUCAUUUUAAUCAUAAGAAUAAUUUAUCUUUAGCAGUUUAUAAAAACAUUUUCUGCAGACUUAAAUGUUGAUUGAGUGCGAGCCUUGGUUGUUUACUACAAUGGCGGACUUGUAUGAACCUGACAUUGGCACAGCAUAUUAUAGGACGAAUGAUCCACUCAAAAACCUAAGGUUUAGAGUAAGAUUAAAACGUGUCACAUCAGUAAGUAUUGUACCACAAGCUCAGGCUGAAAGUGAAGGUAAUGUGGAAUUACAGGAUAUUAAAGAAGAUCAGCUACAACCAGAUGAAGAAGAACAAAUAUUUUUGUGGCAGCAGAAAAUAUUCGGACAGAGAGAAAUUGAAUUAUAUCAAAAUCCUGAGAACUGCUAUAAUGUGAUGGACAAAAAAUAUCAUGAUGAUGUUAAAAAAUUAUUGGAAAAAGAAGUGCCUACUAAUCGCAUUUUUUCAUAUGUAGAUCAUGAUUCCUUUUCACAUCAAGAUGAGACGUUAAACUUUAUGACAACAUCACCUAAGGAGAAACCUACAUUACUAGCUAAGAAUAUGGCUCAUAUACGUAGAAGGAGAAUUGGUGGACGGCAAGUCAAAGAAAGGGAACGAGGAAUUAUACCAAAAAUAAAUAUAAUAGAACCGAAACCAUCAGAAGAAAUGAAAGCUAAAAAUCAUGUUGAAGCCCCACCAAUACAAGUUAUGUAUAUCAUGGCCGAUCUCAGUCCAAAGGAACAACCAACAAGUGAAGAACAUGAAUAUAUACUGUGUAUGUUGCAUAUUGAUGCUAAUGGAGUUAUCUCAGUGCGACCAGAUUUUAACAGAGGUCGCAAAGCUUAUAUUAUAGAAACAAUUAGCUUGGGAAGAGAAAGAUAUGAGUACACCAUUGAACAUGCAUCCAAGCCAAUGAAUAGACUUGAGCAAGAUAAAGAAUUAAAAAUGUACAGAGAGGUAUAUAACAGACAUAAAGAUUUUUUACAAGCUUGUGUUGGACAGGAAUUUGAACUGCCACCACCUGAUGUGUUACGAUUAGUUGUAUAUGGAGAAGUUGAAAUCGCCAAAAAUUUUGAAUUUGAUGAUAUAUAUCUUCAGUUCUUUGUUGAUUUACCAAAAGAUUGGUAUGCAGAAAGACACCAACAGUUGUCAUGGGUAACACAGACUUGCAGAACCAAAUCACAGAAGCAGGAAAGUGUAGCUCAUUUUGGUUUCCCAUUCCAAGUUGAGCUUUUUUAUAAAAGAGAAUAUGUGAAGGAAGAAGAGAAAGAUCUGUUACCUCACUUUCCUGUGAUAUAUGUUGAAGUUCUUUCCCUUGAUUCAUGGCAGCGAUAUCGAACAGAGGGCUACACAUACUUUCAGUUACCAGGAAAACCAGGUACUUCUGUUGAGACCAGAGAUUGUUGGAGACCAGCACAAAAAUCGAUUGUAUCUCAACUUAUAAGAUUUUUUAUUGGUGGUUCACCUGAGUUAGAAUUUCCUACUUACACUGGAAUACCUUCCACAUUUGAUGGAAGUCAUCUGAGUAAAUUUGGUUUUCGUACAGAGACAACAGGAAGUAUUACGAUGAGAUUCAACACAAUGUUACAAUCUAGGUUAUUUAUGGAAAAGAAAUCUUCCAAAAAAUCUCUUGGUGCUUUACUUGACAAUUUAGGAAUCACCUCACAACAAGCUAGUGUUACAAGUGUUAUAGAAGCUUUCAAGAAAGCCAGACAAAAGAUGUUACAUGCUAGAGAAUCAGCAACAAGAGAUUUACUGAAAGAUACCCGUACAACAUGAAGCUUUCAAAUACAAAAUUUCACUCAUGAACUAGAUGUUCUUAAUAAAAUGACAAUUUAGUAUAAAACAGAAUUAAAGGUUUUUUUAUGAAACAUUGUUCAGAAAUCAGUAAAAGUAUUUUCUACGCAUUAAUUUCUCUAAUUCUCACUUUCUCUUAAAAGUGGUUACAAUUUAUAUUUUAUGAGACUAUUUUAAAUAUUUGUACACAUACACUGUAUAAGUCUUCUCAUGUACUAUAGUAUGCAAUAAAUUUGUCCGUCCAUAUUAAUGUAUAAUUUGUAGAUAGCUAAUAUAAUUGGUAUAUUAUGUGUAUGUAUAUUAAUAUAAUGUGUAUGUAAUUCUUAUUAAUUAU